AUGCCAGCUCCAGUUUUUGACACAAAACAAGUAACCAUAACAUUAAGAUUUGAAGACGAAUUGGUUAGAAGCUGCAUUGCCCGGAUUUCAUCUAAAGAGUCGAGCCGGACACCAUUUGAGGCUCUGGCAGCACUAUUUUGGGUUGUUGUCAGCAAGGUGAAGGGUACAAAAGGCAGUCUAACUAACAUGUCGAUAUGUUUAGACAUGAGAAAAGUGCUAGGCCUCGACCGAGGCUUUUUCGGAAACUGUAUGGUAUACAACAAGGUGAAUGGAGAUGGUAUAGAAGGCCAUGAAUUAUGUGAAGCUGCAAAUGCUAUAAAGGAAGUUGUUAAGAAAAUGGAUGCUGACGGGAUUUUGGACUUGAUCGAGUGGUUGGAAGCGAGAAAUUGCCAGAAUCCACCAUGGAUGAACGGUUAUGAUCUCACUUGUAUCAAUUUAGAGGACGUGGACUCGUAUUCUGCCCUUUUUGAAGACAAUGCUAGGUCACUUCGUGUCUCAUAUUACAUUGAGCCCACUGUCGGAGAAGGGCAGAUACUGAUCCUGCCACCACCUGCGGGCGGCAGGGAUACAUUCAGCCGAGUGGUUAUGAUCACGCUCCCAGAAAUUGAAGUAAACAAGCUUCUUGAAGAUGCAUUAAUCCAGGAGCUUUCCCCAACCAUUUUGAUGGGGUUGAAGAAAACGCAUUCUUGA